GGCACCAAGGAGCGGAUGCUGAUCAAGGUGACCGACCGCGAGCCCAGCUUCCUCAUGCACCAAGGCAACGGCUACACGCCCGAAAACCCACCGGGCACCCGUUCGCGGCGACCCUCGGGGGGCCAACAGUCGCCCAACCUGCAAACUUUCGCCCCCGACGCCGACAACUCCGUUUUCUUCCCGGAGAGGAAGCAGUCGCCUUUCUUGAAGAGGGCUGAGCACGUGGGCAGCUGCUCGCCGCUGCUCGCCCAGCACCGCAAGCACUCCAGCGAGUCGCAACCCUCCUCGCCCCGCUACGCCUACGAGCCCCCCCUCUACGAAGAACCCCCCAUGGAGUACCAGGCACCCAUCUACGAUGAACCCCCCGUGGACAUGCAGUACGAAGCCAGCGGGAGCUACAAAGCCGGCUCGCCGCAGAAAUCGCCCAUCCGUAAACCUCACCCCUUCCUGCAGUCGCCCAAGCAAGGCUCCAACUCGCCCUACCAGCAGCUGGUGCUCACCAAACAGAAGUGUCCCGACCGGUUCAUGAGCCUGGAGUACAGCCCCGCCGGCAAGGAGUACGUCAGGCAACUGGUCUACGUCGAGCAGUCAGGCUCCAGCCCCAAGAUGAAGACGGGUUUGAGGCACAAAUAUUCCCCCAACCCCAUCGGCGGCUCCUACUCACUGCAGCACAGCCCCUGCCUGGUCCGGGACCAACGCUUGGAGAUCAAAUCGGGUGACUACAGCAGCAUGGAGGGACCCGACUUCUGCCCUGGCCCAACGGGUGGCCAGGUGGCCCAGGGCGAGGACUCCAUGUCGUGGUCCAGCCAACAGGACACCUUGUCCUCCACCGGCUACUCACCCUCCACCAGAAAGAGGAAAAGCCGAAAGCCUUCCUUAUCCCACGACCCCAACGCCUCCUCCACGGAUGGCUCAGGGGACCGAGAGGUGUUGGGCGAGCAGAUGCUGGGUGAGGAACGAGCCACCCCGGGACCCAACAGGUCCCCGAUGAACCGGACGGAGAGCAAGGCGGUGGAGGCGGAGGCGGCGCGGGGCUUCCCCGAGCCCUUCCUGGCCCAGGCGCGCCUGGCUUGGGAAGCCCAGCAAGCCCACUACCACAUGAAACAACGGAGCAGUUGGGAUUCCCAAAAGGACGGUUCGGGCUAUGAGAGCGACGGUGCCCUCCCUUUGCCCAUGCCGGGUCCGGUGGUGCGAGCCUUCAGCGAGGACGAGGCGUUGGCGCAGCAGGAGAACAAGCACUGGAAGAGGAACACCUUCGAG